AUGUCCUUUUGCAAUACCGCAGGCAACUGUUGUCCGGCAAAUACUUACUGCACCGUGGACAUUUUCCAAAACGGAGCCUGUUGCGCACACGGUGCUUCCUGUACUGGCCUGUCCAGUCCCGUCACCGAGCUCGCCACGGGUAGCUGGCCAGCUUCCAGCGCUGCGAGUGCGCACAGAGCGCCGAGGGUCUUUGUUGGCCUCGCACAUUGGAUGAAUCUCGGUUUGGGCUAUCCUGUGAGCGACACAUCUGCCAGCGACGGCGUGGUUGGUGAUGUGUGCUUUGAAGAAGAGAACCUCUCUCCCGAGGCAUCUGUCCCUGGCGCAGAUAUCAAGAAAGGAGGCGGAUGCAGUCACGGUGGUGGUCACGGCGGCAGUGAUGGCGGCAGUGAUGGCGGUCACGGAACAGAAGGAGGAGAUGUUGGAAGGGGAUCCGCAAAAGCAGGGGUUCAGGGCGCUGGGGGCAGAGGUGCAACAGGGGGAGUGAGUGAAACUGCCCCGGUGCCUCUGCCCUUGAAGUUCUUGGGGUUUCCUUUCGUUCUUGCGCGACACGCCGGGGCAGCCAUUCACCCAACCAUCAACAUGACCUCGGACGCAAUUGGCAAGCUUAAGCUCAUGGGAGCUAAUGAGGCUAUGAUCAUGGCCCAGAACAAAACAAGCAGUGCCGCCAGUAUGCCUCGACCUCGGAGGGUGUUUGGCCUGGGUUUUGCUUUGAUCCAUCGAGUCAGAGCAGCCACGCUUCCGAUCAAGACCACGAUCCCACAUCCAUCGGCCGUGGCCAAAUUCAUUGGGGGUAACGCCUAUUACCUCGAGAAAGUGAACUACACGAGCAACGCAGCGGACAGGGCUCAAUUGCCACGGGUUGUGAGUUUUACAUUGGCCCUGGCAAGACACAUAAAAAACACGGUGCUAGGCACUCACAAUGUCGACCAGUGA